AUGUGGACAUUGGCCCCAAGCUUACAGGUGCUCUUGCUGCUCAGUGUCGCAUGUGGCGAGUAUGAGGCCGACCUGGUGUAUGUGCGGUGGUUUAAUGCCUCCGGUGAUGGAUGGAAUCGUUCCCUGAACUUGCGGCCCCUCGUCUGGUUUAGGUACGUAUGGCGGAGUGGCCAGCCAGCCGCAUCAUUCGGCUGCAUACCGCUGGAGACAGUGCUGCAGCGGGUUUGCAUUGUCCGUGUGCCCCCAAAGGGCAAGGGGGCACAGGCACCCAGUGCCAGUGGGAAGGGUGGGAAGUCACGCAGGGUUGCGACUGGCAACAGCAAGGAUGACCUGAUUCCUGUUGUGAGUGAGGAGGUGAUGGAUGAGGUGAGGCCACGGAAGGAUUUGCAGCCCUCGGCGGCUCGGGAAGAGCUUACCAAGCACUCAUGGUUUAAGUAGUACUCAGUACUUGCGAUGCUGGGAUGGGUGGAGCCUGGAAGCGCAUGCCUUGUGUAUGCCUAAAGGAGACAUGGAUUUGGAUACUGUGGAUAUUGAUGUCGUUGAUGACAACCAAGGUUGAGGUUUCAUCAGCCAAGGUUGAUGACAACCACUGGUUUGCUAGUGUCAAUGGCAAUGACAAACCUGGACCCGGAACCUGAAUAACAUGGUGGGUGAAGCCCUGGUGGAAGCUCAGAGAGGAAACGAUUUGAGAUUGUAACACAUGAAUAAGG